AUGGCUACCCCAGUUCGGACAACUACCAUUGACGGUCCCUCAGUCACCGAUAGCCCUGGUACCUGGCGUCACCCGCGACUCAAUGAGAUUACUAGACGUCGUAAUGCGACGACCUUCUCCGAGAAGAAUGUGCGCCAGAUCGCCUACAACGUUAUUGCGCUACUAGGAUUCUGGUCCGCGCAGCUCCUAGCCAGGCUGAACAUUGGCUCUCAAGCCGUUCCCGGUUCUUUUAGAAUAUACUUGAGCUGGACAUGGUUCAUUCUUCAGCUCAUACCGUUUGUCAACAUUGGUAUCGCGUGUCUGCCGUUAAUCCGACCGAAAGACGACCUGUCCGACAUUCCUCUUACACCUGCUCAGCGCCAGUUGCUGGGUCUGGAUCCCUCGUCGGCCGCGCCAACUCCCGACGCCAAGUUCAGCACCCCCCCUCGAUACUCCCGUACACCUUCCAUCGGUGGCUCGGUUGGAAGCCGUGGAAGCUAUGGUAGCUCACCCCUUUCUGGUCGAGGUAGUCCUCUUGUUCAAGGAUCGACUGGCUCUCCAUUGGGUAGCCCUCUUUUCAACAAGAGUGUCAACAGCUUUGGCGGAAGCUUCAACAACAGCUUUAACGGCAGAAGAUCAUCUUUUGGAUCGACAAGCCCUUUCGCCGCUAGCUCUUCUUCAAAUGUCUUCUCCGAUCCUGCUUCUCCUGGUACUCCUGGUGGUAAGCGUACAAGCGUUGGACUGAACAGCAAGUGGCUGUAUGAGAAGGGUCGACGGCCGUCUGGCAACGCCUGGGCCAAAUAA